AUGCAGGAGGAGCGCCAUUGUCUGAGAGAACCAUGCUUCCGUUGUCUGUGGGGCAUGUCCACAUGGAGAAUCCUCAACUUGGCCCUCAUCUUCCUCACCAAAAGGAUCCAGGGUGGCUCCUUCCUGAGGCGCAUCAGACUUGGCAGCAUGUGGAGGAGAAUCUUCUCUUUCUCUGUGGGAUGGGAAACUGCUGUGACUCCCGCCUCCGUAGCACAAGAAGUGAGCAAGUUAUUAUUAUGAUUUGCUGUAUUUGUUCUACCAUGUCCGGGGCAACCCAAAGCAACUUACAGCCAAGCAAACAACCAGGCAGCCCUGCUAAUGGUUACAUUAAAUCAAGGAGAAAAAAAUGCAUUAAAAACAUCCCGUCCACUUCUAAACUGCCACAGAUACAGUAGCUAAAGGCCAAAGGCCUGGUUAUGGAGGAAGGCUUUCGUCUGUCCCUAAAUAUAUGUAAUGAAGGCACCAGGUAAGGUUCCCCAGGAGAGCAUUCCACAAAUGGGAAUCCGCCGCAGAAAUGGCCCAUUUUCACGCUUUGCCAGCCCCUGGACCUCCCAUGGAGGAGGCACAUAAAGAAGAGCCUCAGGUGAGUGCCCAGGUAGGUACAUAUGGAGAGUGGCACUUCUCGGGGUACUGUGGUCCUGAGCCUUUUAAGGCUUUAUACGUCAAAAAUUGAUUUGGGCACAGAAACUAAUUGGCAGCCAGUGCGGUUGGGCCAGGAUUGGCAUUAUGUGCUCAAAGCGUCUUGACUGUGAGCAACCUGGCUGCUGAAUUCUGCACCAGCUGAAGUCUCUGAGGCGUCUUCAGAGGCAGCCCCACGUAUAACACAUUGCAGUCGCUCCUCUCUCUCUCUGGCUGGCCCACCUAGGGCAAGGACCAAGGGCCCCUGUUUGUGAGAUAGUCUGGCCAUCUGAAGGUGACUCACACCACACGGCCCAUUCCACUUCAAAGGUCAUCAGCCACUAGUGUCCCAAGGUGAUGACAUCGCGACAGCACUGUGGUGACAUCAUUUUGGUGUAAGCGGUUUGUUAACAGGUCAGCUCAGUGCACCAAGCAUAUUGUGAUACAUCCUUUUGCUCUGGAUGAACUUACAGAAAUAUGGGCCUUUCCCUCUUGCCUUCAUCAAGCAUCCCUUGCCAGUGUUAUCCUCUCUGAUGCUCUGUGGUUUCAGCUUGAUCCAUGCAUGUUGACCCAAAACAUUCCCUCCUCAUGGCUCUGAUCCUGGGAGUCUCCUCCAUAAGUUCCUACACUGGUUUUCUGUCCACUUCUGAAUCCAGCAUAUAGUCCUGGUUCUUGAAAGCUCCUCUACCCCCCCCCCCAUAUUCUGAGAAAUUCUUUCCCAUGGCCUUUGCUUUUUCAGCUCUACCACCCUCACCUCACCACCAGUGGUCUUCCUGCUCUCUCAGAAGAAGCACCUAUCUCUCCCUUUCCCCUUCUUAUGCUUCAAACGGCCUGCUGGUCCCAAGACACCUGUCUGAUGAGGCUCAGAACAGGAAUCAGCUCAGACCCCAGAUGGGGGCCAUUGAUGAAGAACCUUCCCAGUGGAUGAUUUCAUAAUGCAAGAUGGCAGGCCCCUAUCUUGGGAACAGGCUCCAGGGCUCGGUGGAGGGCUGGACUGGGACUAGCACAGGCAGAGUACAAAAGAUUAAAAUGUUCUAUAGCCUGUAAACAGAAAAGAGUCUUCACAGAACAGUAGUAUUGGAAGGGUCUCCCAAAGGUCCUCUUGUCCAACCCCCUGCGACGCAGCAAUCUCAGCUAAAGCAGCCAUGACAAAUGGCCAUCCAACCUCUGCUUUAAAACCUCAGAGGAAGGAAAACCCACAGCUUCCCAAUGGAGUCCUUUCCACUGUUGAACAGCUCUUACCAUCAGAACGUUCUUCCUCAGGUUGAGUCAGAAUCUCAUUUCUUGCAGUUUUAAUCCACUGGCUCCAGGUCCUCCAGAGCAGGAGAAAACAAGCUUGCUCCAUCUGCCCUGUGACAACCCUUCAGAUACUUGAAGUUGGCUAUCGUACCACCUCCCAGUCUCCUCUUCUCCAGGCUAAACAUACCCAACUCCCUCAACCGCUCCUCAUAAGGCUUGGUUUCCAGACCCUUGACCAUCUUAGUGCCCCCCCAACACCUUUAUUGCUGGGCUGAUUCUGCAUAGUGGCUCUGUCGUUUCCCCAGCUUCAUCGUGGUUUUAAUUUGUAAAUGACUUUCAAGUGCAUGGGUUGGGGAGUCCUGAGCCUGUGACUCCAGAAAGCAGGAAGAUCAGGGACACCCCCUUCCUCCUGAGUAACUUUGCUGCCUCCUCUCUUCCUGGCAGGAUCCUCUGGAAAGAAGAGACCAGCCCCAGGCAAAUGUUGACAAAGGAGAAGGUAAGGCAUUCAGGCAGGAGCCACAUUCCAGGGAUCUGUACACCCAGAGGGACCAGCCAGAACUUCUAGCUCUGCUCCGCUGUCAGACGCAGCAGCGUCUCUCUGAAUGAUGCCCAUUGCUGGGAAUGGCAGGUGGGCCAAAUGCUGCUGCUCUCAGGCCCUCUUCUGGGAUUCCCUUUGGGUGGCCACUGGGACAACAAAAUGAGAUGCCCCCUCUAUGGGCUGAUCCAGCUGCAAGGCUCUUCUUGUGACUUGCAGGAAGCAAGUCAAGUGGGCUUUUGAUUGUACUGUUGGAUGAGCACUUUAGAUAACUUCCAUUCUGUGUGCUGUUUUCCCCUUUGGCUUUUAAUCGAUUUUAAGAUGCUUGCAUCUAAUCUUGUUGCUAAGUCCCUUGGCAUGCCAAUCAUAAUCACGACUACUGCAUUCUCCUUUGGGUGUUGCCCCAUAAUUGGUACUGAAAGGACUACUGUCACUGAUCCAUAGGCUUGUAGAGUUGGAAGGGACCCUGAGUGUCAUCUAGUCCAGCCCCCUGCAAUGCAGCAAUAUGCAGCUGUCCCAUAUGGCAGCCUUUCUCAACCUGUGGGUCCCCAGAUGUUGUGGAAGUUCAACUCCCAUCACCCCUAGCUAGCAAGUCCAGAGCUCAGGGAUGAUGGGAGUUGUAGUCCAACAACAUCUGGGGACCCACAGCUUGAGAACCGCUGCCAUACAGGGAUCAAACCUGCAACCUUAGCAUUAUCAGCACCAUGCUCUAGCCAUCUGAGCGACCAAGGCCAUCUUGGAGACAGAAUGCAGCCAGUGUGACUAGCAGCCAUUUAUCUUCUUAUCAUCCAAUAAUUUGCUUAGUCCCCUUCUAAAGCUGUCUGGCCACUGUCAAAAUAGGACGCUCUGGGAUUACCUUUGGGAUAGCUCAGUUGGUAGAGCAUGAGGCUCUUCAUCUCAGGGUUGUGGGUUCGAGCCACACGUUGGGUGAAAGAUUUGUGCAUUGCAGAGGGUUGGACCAGAUGGUCCUUGUGGUCCCUUCCAACCGUAUGGGUCUAUGAUUCUAUGAUGCUGGACUGUGAGGGUCCCUGUUGCAGGGGUUCUGCCUGUGCUUUUUAUGCUUAGCAUGAGCCCCCCGGGAGCUGCAGAAGCUGCUGACCUCCGUGUUUUGACGGGAGCAUUUUCCAGACGCUGCAUGGAGAAUCCUCAUUUGGGAGGCAUAAAGCAGCGUUGUUGUAUCACAUGAGGUGAUGUCUGUGUGGGAUGUGAUCCAUGAGAGGCAGUCAAGUACAACAUUCCUUGUAAUGCUAGAGAAGACACGCAAGCGAAUGUUUGGUCCAGCCAGUCGAAAUUCCUGUUCCUCCUGGCUGGAGCAUCCUUCCUUUUGCAUGUGAUAGAAGGUGGGCAUGACCUAACCUGUCCAGGUAACAAAAGGACGAGUCACGCAGCACACCUCUCUCUUUUUGACUUCCUUCUUCAUUUGACCAGCUUCUAGCUGGGACUGCUCUGCUAGCUUUCAGCUAGCAGAAGAACUGGGAUUAUUCCCCCAUAUGGGUAGAUCCACAUGAAAAUAUUUGUAACCAAGUCUGCCUUCAGGGAUCCUACUGUGAACUGAUGUAAGUAAACUUCUUUUACUGACUUUGAAUAGGUGGCUUCUUUAUUCUUUUAAGAGGGAUUCAAGGGAACUUACCAGGAACAUACAAUUCUAUCUGAGACAGAUUGUAUAAUAGUGAGAGGCUCACACGAGCCUGCAACCAGCUAUCUGUUGUGCAUAUAAAAGGGGGAAAAGUAACUGCUAUAUAAAAGAACUUGCUAGCGCAAGUUAAGAAGGAUAUUAAUAAGCAAUAUAUCCUCUCCUGCCACCCUCAGCAUUCCCACAGUCUGCUGCAGCAGCAUUUCCUGGCACUGAAAACAUAGCCCAGGUGUAGCAGGUCUGCAGAAUUGCAGAACUGUAGCAUUGGAAGAGACCUCCAGAGGUCAUCUAAGCCAACCCCCUGCAAUGCAGGAAUUGUCUGUACACCCUUUAGAGCCCUCGUCUUCAGCACCUGCAUGGGCUGGGUGUCGGGAGCACCUUCACUGACUCUCCGAUCACACGAACGCAGAAACAGCAGAGCACAGCGUUCCUCUGGAGCAGGUCCUGGUGCAGUGAACUCACAUUUGCUGUUGUGAGCGCCUCAAUAGUAGCAGAGUAAUGGAAGCGAAACAGUGGAGGUUUUGUUGCAUACCUAAUUUUAUAACUACUGAUUAAACAAAAGAAAAGAACAUAAUGGACAUGCACGAGAGAGUCAGCUCUCUCAUACUUCCACCUAGCCUCUAGACAGAUCAAAGAAAAACCAGCAGAGUGCUAGGGAGGGAAGUCUGGAAGAGUGGUUUCUGCUCCCUCCUUUCUCUGCUACAGAAAGUAAAACAGACAUGAUCCGGUGACCUUUGCAAUGGGAGGGAUGAAAAUACCGACAGGAAUCGCAGGUGUAUAUGGCAGGAAAGGGGUUCUGGGUCUGGAGGAAAGCUGACCGGUGCCUUCCUGUCUCUUUGCAGGCCCCAGAGUCCGGCAGAGGGAAACGGUGACUUGGCAGCUGCUAGACAGGACCAGCCCCAGCAUCUCCAUCCGCAGGUUGCUGUGUGACAACGCAGCCUGUCCCUUGUGCGCCUGCACCGCUACGGAGGCCGAGCGGCUGGCCCAACGAAGCCACCCGGCGGGGUUGCCCACCUCCUCUUACAUAGAGCGCUCCAGCCUGCCAGCCAUUCCUGUCCUGGGGGGAAGAGCUACCUUUCCGCGGAGCAGAAGCAACCCUGCCCCUAACCCUGGGGACCUCAGUCCGGGCCUGGAAGCAGCCCCCUUGCCCUGGAAGGGGCAGCACCCUCACAGCCGCAAGGAGCAGCAGGAGGAGCCGCCCUGUUUGCAUCCCCGCCACCCUGCAAGCAGCCUUCAUUUCCAGGGCCCCAGCUCGUCAGCCCUAUGGCCAGGCCCUCCACACUCCCAGCCCCACAGCCCGGCUGCCCCUUGGUGCAAAACAGGCCCUGGCAGUUCUGAUGACAACAAAGAGUUGGAAGACCAAGAAGACCACCCCAGGACCUCUUCUAGACCUCCUGAGCCCUCUUCCACCAGCUCCUCUUCCAGCCUGUCCUCCUCACCCGUCCGUAGCCAAGACAGGGGCAGGUUUUGGGGGCUGCAUGAAGCCCCCCUUCCUAAGCAGGAAAAAUAUGAAACCUCCUCUCCGAGUGAGAGCAAUGCCUCUUCCGAGAGCGAGGAAGAGGAUGGUCAGGGUGGGCAUUUUCUUCCUCAACGAAGAAGGUACAGUCAUUCUUGGCCCCUGAAGGCCUCACCUGGGUCUCACAAGCAUCAGAGGCGCAAAUUUGCUUCUGUGGACACUCCUUUCAUGUCCAAUGUGGCACGCAUGACCUUGGAGUUGCACUUGGUUGUGAAGAGGCUUCAGCACGACCUGGGGCUGCCCUUGAGCCUCCUCAAGACCUCUUUGCCUCCUGCCCCAGACCCCACAUUUCUGGGGUCCACAAAGAGGGAGGCGGAUGCAGUGACAAGGCCUCAGGAUCUCCCCUUCGUGGCUGUGGCCAGCAGUAAGAGGCUGAAACAGCACGUGAAGAGAGUGACUUUCCGCAGGCAUCAGGGGCUACCAAGGGGAGCCCAGAGGACCUUCUGGCACAGGAAGACGGUCUCUCAUCACAUGAUAGACAAGAUCUCCUCUACAUCCACGGAAGAGGAAGGCCUAGGAGGAGUCAAGCACCCGAGGGCAGAAGAACCACACCAGCACGCUCCCCACCUCAUCUCCACAGCUGGGGGUGGCACCCUCCAAUCUGCCCUAUAUUCCCUAACUGACCCCCAAGCUGAUGCCAUGAAGAAGUUGUUCGAGAAUGGGCUGGAGGCAUUUUCUGAACACAUGGGGGAUUUCUCGGAAACGGCCUCCCCAGGCAUGAGGAAACUACCCCUCCCCAAGCUGAUCCCAUGGCAAAGGAGCCACCCUCAGCCGCGCUGUGGGCCAAGCCUGGGUCUCUGGAGGAAGGCGUAUUGUGUGGACGUGAACAUCAGGAGCAAAUACCUCCAGUCCUAUACCCAGAAGGUGCCCAGUGCUUUGGAGCUGGCAACCACACCACCUCAGAGGCAUCCCACCACUGAAUUUGGGCAUGUGGAAGAGCCCUUUCUGCCCCACUGUGCACAGCAGCAGCUGGAAUCCCACCUCGCCAGGAAGAAGGCUGAGGCCCAAGAGGACCAGCCCAGCCUGGUGCAGUGGUCCUUGCAGCAGUUUGUCCCACCUCCACUACAAGAGCCCUGCUUGUUCCCCAUGCUGUCAUGGCGAGUGGAAGGGGAGGUCCUCCCUGACAGCUCCCUGCCCACCUUCAUCACCCUGGAGACCACGAGGCAGAUGGACGGCCACAUCAGGAGCAAGAUCCCAGAGAGGCAGCGGGGCCUUCCCAAGAGGGUGACGGCAUCUCAGCAGCACACAGUCAGACCGUGCUCCCCUCUGCCUGCAGAGACACCCAGGGGUUUAGAGAAGGCCUCAGAGUCCACCCAAUGGGAGAGGGGAUUGAGACAGCCACUGCUUGCAGAGGCACCAAGUCCAGAGCGCGCUCCAAACUCAGAACUCCAGAGAUACGUGGCCAAAAUGGUUCUGGAAAUUCAACUGAAACUGUUUGACCCUGUACAGCAUUUGUCUCAGGCCCCUAAUGGCCAUCUCAGGAGGCCUGAACUGCCUGGGUUGACACUCGCCCAGCGGCCACGAUCCCAAAAGCUUCCGUUUGUGGAGCAGGCAGUCCUGGACCGCCUGGAGCUCAACGUCACCCACAAAGACUUGUCCCGCCAGUGGGGGCUGCCUACACUCUAUGGAAAGUCCCUCUCUCUCCAGCUCCAGAAGGCCUCAGCUCAGGCCCCCUCUCCUCCCUCAUCCAGCAAGGGCGCCAUGCUUGACUUUGCCUCAGUGGACACUCCGUUCCUCAGCCAAGGAACCCGGGAGGAGCUCGAGUGGCACGUGAGGGAGAAGAAGCUGCAGCACUUUUGGGAGCUGCCAGGCCUUGUCAAGAGAUCCCUCCACUCCCUUUCCCCAGAUGCCCCCCAUUUGCGGGCACGUGGGCAUGUGGAGGUGACCGUCCUCCUGGCUGACAAGGUCCCCUUCCUCAGCAAUGCCACCCUGCAAGAGCUGGAGAGGAACGUGCGGAAGAGAGUCUUGCUCCAGCGAUGGUGCUUGCCCAGGAGGGUCCUUGAAUCUCUCAGGACGUUUUACCCAGAGGUUGGGGUUGGGGGAGGCACAGACCAGAGGUCCAGGAAAAUGAGGAUGGUGGUGGCUUCCUCCCCAUGGGGUCAUCUUAGGCCCCCUCUGCUGCCUGCUAGAGACACACGGAAGGUGACGUUCCACCUAGGCAAGAAGUGUGCGGCGGCACAGCUGGGGCUCCUGCCUGCCUUGACCAGGCCUUCUGGACAAAGCACGCCCCCCUCUGUGAGGCAGCCCCUCCCCAAGCUCAUCCUGCCCAGCCAGAAGCCCCCCCAGGCCCGCAGCCACUUCCUGCCCUCCCAGAGGCCAGAAGACAUAGGCCAAAUUGAACUGGCCAUACAGCGCAACCACUUAAUGUCCCUCUGGGGACUGGGCACCCACUAUGUAGAAGCUCUGGGUGGGGUGGUGUCCAGGCCGUCCUUGCAGCCUCCCGGGCCCGAAAGAGCACCCGUGUUUGUGGAAUCCGAGACACUGUUUCUUUCAGUCCUGGACCGAGAGGCCUUGGAGCUGCACGUCAACAAGAAGGUGAUCCAGCAUGAAUGGGGCCUCCCUGGCCUUGUCCAGAGGUCUCUGGCAGGCUUUUCAGGUGGGGCUCAUUCACCGCAGAUCCCACACGUGGCAAUGGUGGACCUCCAGAUAAGGCAACAGGGGCUGUCAUUCCUUCCAGCUGGUGUUUGUGACUGUCUGGAGAAGCAUAUCCAAAAAAGGAAGCUCCACCAGCAAUGGGGCUUGCCCAGGAGGGUCCUUCAGUCCCUGAGAUCAUUGGGUCUAUGGCCUGAGACAGCAGUCCUGGGAGAGGAAGCCCCGAGGCCUCGUCUUCCACCACUAGGCAGAAGCCGGAGGAAAGAGUCUUGGGUCGAGGAAGAGUUGGAUGUUCAGGGGGCUGGAAGGACAAGGGCUGGCUCUCUUCCACCAAUGACUCAGCUCCUCAGCACAUCUGGACCAAAGGUCUGGGAGAAGAUGCAGCUCCCCUUUCCUAAGAAGUGUGUGGAGUUUUCCCCAGAUGUUGUAAGAGAGUCUUGCCAAGGUGCGCCGGUGUCUUGGAGGCCACCCCUCCUCAAGCCAGCCUCCCAAGGCCACUGGACCCCACAACCACGCAGCAAGUUCCUGCCAUUUAUACGGCCAGCGGAGGUGGACCAGGUGGAGUUGGCCAUCCUACGCAAUCACUUGGCAUCCCUUUGGGGGCUGGACAGAAGCUACGUAGUGACUGUGGGUGCCCUGAAGCCCAAGCUGCCCUCCAGGCCCCCGAGAGACAUGGAUGUGGAGUUCUUAGAGGAGCCGACGCCAUUCCUUGAAGCCCAGGUCAGAGAGAGCUUAGAGCUGCACAUUCGAACGAAGAGGAUCCAGCAUCAGUGGGGUCUCCCAGGCCUCAUCCAGAAAUCUCUGGUGGGCUUCAUGCAAAGGGCUCCCCCACCGCCCAGCCCCCAAAGGUCUGAAGUCCACAUCCAUGUUCUUCGGCAGGAGCCAUCCUUGCUCCUUCCGCGAAACAUCUUCAGGAGCUUAGAAUUCCACAUUCAGAGGCUGGAGAUCCAGCGACGGUGGAGGCUGCCUAGGAGGGUUCUGGAGUCUAUCAGGCAACUUUGCCCUGAGUUUGGGAGCAGUACCUUUGGCCUGGGAAGGGCUGGGUACAGGAAAGACCACCCCCACUGUCCUGACUGUGGGAUGGUUCCUGAACUGUCAGAAGUCAGGACGGGAAUGGGCUGGAACACACUAUGGCAAGGUCAAGUCAUGGACGAGUUGCAGCUCCACUUGGCGAAGAAGAACCUGGAGGUGAAGCUGAGGGACUCCCAAGAUUUUACCAGCCUCCCUUGGGCAUGGGCGCACCUCUCCCCCAGGCAACCCCUCCCCAAGGUGAUCCCUCCUGGCUUCAUGCUGCACCAGCCUCGUUGCUCCUCUUGGCCCCACUUCCCCAUGGGUGACGUCAAGCAAGUGGACCUGGCUGUUCAGGGCAGGCAUCUGGCAUCCCUGUGGGGAGAUAUGGGAACGGAUGACAUGGAGUAUCUGAGCAGGAUGGUGCCCGGGCCAUUCACUGAGCCCCUGGGAUCUAGGAAAAGGCCCGUCAUUGAGUUCAAGGAGGCACAAACACUGUUCCUUUGGGACCGGGAAAGAGAAGCCUUAGAAGUUCAUGUCAUGAAGAAGAAGCUCCACCAUGCAUGGGGCUUCCCAGGACUUGUCCAGAAAUCACUGAGGGCCUUUGUAGGAGACUUUCCCCUCCUGCCCACCCCCCAAAGAACCAAGGUGGUUCAGGUUCACAUCGUUCAACAAGAGCCAAUUUUCCUACCUCAAGAAAUCUGCAGCCGCUUAGAGUUUCACAUGCGUAAGAGGAAUCUCCAACACCAAUGGGGGUUGCCCAAGAGGGUGGCCCAGUCCCUUCAGUUGCUGUCAUCGGCUGAUGCGCCAGUAGGAAAAGGUCUGAGGUCUUGUCUGGAUGAGAUCUGGCCCAGCUCUGGGAGUGCUCCAGUACGGUGGGCUGUGGGCACAGAGCAGGAUGCCUGCAGAAGAAGAGGAGUGGCCAGCCCCACACAAAAUGCAGCUCCUCCACUCCCCACACUGGAGUCCAAGAGCUUGAGGGCAAUGUGGUUUCACCUAGCUAAGAAACAUAUGGAGCUCCAGUUUGGGGUUUCCCCAGCUGCUGCUGCUGCUGCUGGGGUCUCUGAGCUACCUGCACACCUCCUUUUAGGACAACCCCUUCCCAAGCUGAUCCUUGCUGGCCAAGGGACCUUGUGGCCUCGUGGCAUGACCAUGACUAUUAUGCCCACAGAAGAUAUCGCCCGGCUUGAGUUGGCUGUCCAGCGCUGUCAUUUGGGGGGUCUUGUUGGUGACAGAAGCAUGACUACAGAGAGGAACAAGGAAACGAACAUCUCUGAUGGGAAGCUGCAUUCUCCUAGUGAAGCAGACAUCACGGAUGACCAAUGGCAGGGCAGGGAGGAAGUGAGUGGUGGGAUAUCACGAGCCGAAGAGAAUGAGGGCAUAGCUGCAGAGAGCCCAGAGGAGGCCACAAAGGAAGAAAAGACUGGUGCUCAGAGUCCACAGCUGGAAGAAUGGGUUGGCGAGAACCCAAAUGCUACAGAAGCAAUAAGCACCCCUCAUGUGAUCACAAAGGGUAGUGGAGAAAACACAGCAGCUACCCAAACCAAACAAGUGACAGAGGAAAGAAGCAGUAGUAGCCCACAAGCCACAGAGGACGUUGCUUCUGAGAGCCCACAGCCCACAGAGGAAGCAGAGAUCACUGAGGAGAUCCCACAAGCCACUUCUGAAGAAAUGACCACGGUUACUAGUGAGAGACCACCAGCCACAGAAACGGAAGGCAUUCUUGGAGCAGAGCCUCAAGAUAAUGUUGCUAAUGGGAUGCCAGAGGCCACCAAGGGUGUUGGUGGUGAAAGCCCACAGCAUGCAGGGAAUGGGAGUGUGGUUUAUGAGAUCCCACUGGCUGUAGAAGGAGUUGUGGCAGAGUGGGCUCCAAGGGCAAAGGAAGGGGAAAUGAGCACAUCUGAGACACAGAGUCCACAGUCUGCAGAUGCCCCUUGCAAAAGCCCUCCAGCAGCAGAAGAUGAAAUGAGUGUGGCUGGAGAGAGUCAGGGGGUCACAGCCAUGGGCCACGCCCAGGAGGAGGAGGAGGAGGAGGAAAUGAUGGGUCGUGUUGGUGAGACUGGACAUGCUGGAGAAGAGGGAGACAACAGAGUUCCUCCUGGGAGCCAAGAGGGGGCAGAGGAAGUAGCUGCUGCAGGUGGAAGCCCAGAGGCCAUGGAGGAAAAAAGCAGCACCACUGAUAUGAGUUUGGAGGCUGCCGAGGAAGGGAACGUCCCCAGGGAGUGUCCAUCUUCUGAAGAAGAAAGACAUGCAGAUGGGGAAAGGCCUUUAGCAGAAAAGGCACCAGGAGCCACUGGGGAGCAGCCACAAGCUCUGGCCCCAAAGGGAGGAGAAGGAACAAGAGGAGCCCAUGAGAGGCCGCAGCUCAGAGAGAGAACAAGCGUCAAGGCGGAAAGUCCCCCGCAGGCUCCAGGAGGAGGCCAGGUCUGUGGCCAGAGCACAUGGCAGGAUGCUAAGCUGCAUAUGGCCACCCACCCUGGAAGACUGGCUGUGGCCUGCCGUUGGCGUGUUUCUGAGCAGAUCCAGGACUCGCUGAAGCUGUUCCUUCGCCAUUCCCAGCCCAGACUUCACAGCUACUAUAAACCACUCAGGGUCUUUGGAGACCGAUCUCUGGAGGAAGGGAAAAUGGGAUCCCGCUCAGGCUUGCAGAAGAAGCCACAGGGCCACCGGACUGAACUUCAGCUUCAAGUGGGACACGGUGGGAGAAUUACUUCUUGCGUAGCCUCUUCCUCUGUUUCCCCAAAACACCAUCCCUCCACAGUGACCUCACUGGGAGGCAGCGGCCAGGAGAGGAAACAUGGAGGAAGUUUGUCAAGGAGCCCAUGUUUCAAAGGAAGGGCAUUGCAGGGCUCCCCUGGGGUGAGAUUCAUUCUGGGCAUGUCUUUGAAGGACCCAGGAACCUUUCGGGAGCCACAGGAGGAGUAUGGGAUCCUGCCACCUCCCCCUCCGUCGGCUCGGCCUAAGGACUACAAGCAGGGUGUAGCAACAACCAAGCAACAGCCAAGCAACAACCAACUUAUCAACUCUUUGGAACGCAGCUCUCUGGACAGCAGUGUUGAAUCAGCCCUGGAAAGUUGCAUCGAAACAUUGCUUUGGGAUAAAGAGAAGAUUUCAGAGUGGCUGGACCGCAGCCUCCGGAGAAUGAUGCAGAACCGCCAGCAUCCAGUAGGACCAACGCCAUCAUCUCCAUCCCCAGAAAUUGCUACCCACUCUACCUGCAUGGGCCACACCACCGUUUAUCAGAAAAGCAGGACGUUCCCCUAUGGGACGGAUGCACAUCAAGGUUGGCAGCAGCAGGAAGAGGCCCCCGCCAUGGCCAAGGGUGCAGGAAGCGGCUCCUCCCCCUCUCCAGAAAGAAACAAAACCCAGGAAGAACCCAGUUUGUCCUUUGCGGAAAGCAGGGUGGAUGUUAACCUCCCAGAACAGGAGGGCCUCCUCAAGUCUUCUGAAGGAGCAGCCAGUGGCCUGCUUGGGGCCCACAUCUCCCAGAGAACUCUGGGGUCCUUCGUGCACCCGUCCCGUGCCAUCUCCCCACAGUCCACCUACGAGGCCAUGGUGCCAGGGCUGGGCAAAGAAUGCCAGGAGAGACUGAGGGGCCAGAUCCAUGGGGGAAAGGCCAGCCUUGGGCUGUCUGCAGCAGGUAGGGUGGGGCCACCCUUCCAGACCCAGGAGGACCACAGAGCCUUAUUUGCACCCUCAGAGCCAAGGGGCUGGGCUGAUGGGCAGAGAGGGGAAGUCGGCACAGGCCUGAAACCUCCUUCUCCACCCCUCAGCGUAAGCGGGAGAUCUCUGGAGCAGCAGCAGCAGCAGCACAAUGCUUUUCUCCAAGCUGCUGAAGGAAGCAGGAAGGCUUCAUGCGAGGGUUCUGAAGCCUCAGGAGACUCCAACCAGCAUCUCUCGUCCAGAUGUUUUCUGGGUACUGGUGAAGAAUUUCCAGCCCCUCCGUCCGACUGGUUUCACUCGGAUGCAGAAGAGACAGGUGUAGAGAGGAUGCCUGGAACCAGCAGCAUCUCAGCCUCUGAAGGCACUUUUCUGAAGACACCACCUGACCACCCGCCAACACCGUGCCCCCUGCCAGCGGAGGACUGGUCACCCUUCAGCACAGAACGGAAGAGGGAGAGGGCCAGGCACAGGGGCAGCAAAGCCACCCACAGCAGAGAGAGCCUUGCAAGACAGGAGCCCUGCGCUGAGGAUGAUCAGAACGUGGGGGAGAGGCCUGGGGCAGGAUCCUGCCCCAAAGCAGCUAAGGCUGUCAGGAGACCUCAGAGAGAAACGGCCUCUUCUGCCAAGGAUGCGGAAAAGCGCUUGUUCCUCAUCUCUGCCAUCCUGGAGGGGAAACUGAACCUGAAGCACGGGCUGCACAUCUGGUUGCGAAGCCAGGAAAGGCGGAGAGUAACCUGGAGUGGGGGCAUCCAGCCAGGAGCCCCCACUGCCAGCUGCCUGGAGGAAGAAGAGGAGGUGGGCAAGACUGAUGGGUUCAGGACUGAGCCUCGUGGGGGUGCUGAGCCUGCUGUGAAAGGGGGAGUCUCAAAGAGGCACACGGGAGCCUGUUCUGUGGUUCAGAGCGACAAGGAGGCCCGCAGACCCGGCGUUUCAGAAGCACACCAGUCUCCGGCAGAGAACACAAGAUCCCAGAACAGACCUGGCCUUUCCGCAAGCUCAGCCUCCAACCCACAUUUUCUGGGGAGGCCCCCCAGAACGAGCCACAGCAGAGAAAGGUCCACAGGGCCAGAGAGCGCAUCGGCCUCGGCUAGGAGCAGGAGCAAGGCUUCGGGUGCGAGGUCUUGUGGGGUCAGAGAGGGGAGAAGGCAGAAAACUCCCAGCCCGGGAAGGCUGUCCAGGAGGGGAGCUGGGGGCAAGGAUGGGGCUUCCAGCAGCAGGAAAACGAGGCUCAGCAGCAGGGGGGCAGAGAGGCCAUUGAGCAGUGCCUCAAGCAGCGAGGCACGGAGAGAGCGACCUCUGGGCCUGCAAGCGGGGACACCCCCAGGGAAAGGGGGGAGGAUGCACCAGAGAGAGGCGGCAGGAUCCGUUAUCCGAGUGAGAUUUGCGCAGCAAUGUUUUGUGGGUGCGCCCAGUGGGCAAAUGGGAGCUGCUUUAAGGGCGCAGCCGAAGAGCAGGGCCUUUUUCCAAAGUGGCGUUUUGGAACCACGGCAUGAGGACUGCCACGCCACAGGGGCAGGUGGACACGUAGCUCCAGAAGUGUCUCGUGUUGGUGUUCCUGGGAGGAGCCACCACCCCCGGGGCUCUGCUUUCACAAGACACGUGGGCAGGCGGAGCGGGGCACCCUCCGAAGAUCCCUUCCACAACCUAAAGGAGAAGAUUCUUUUGAGGCGCAGGGCAUUCUGGAGCUCAACAGACAGCGAGGAGGAGAAUCGUGUAUAGGUUUUAGGUUUUUAUUAUUUUAUUGAUUUGUAAAUAAUAGUCUGUGUUUUGUUUUAUUUGUAAGAAAAUAAAAAACCUCUGCUUUUGUUAAGAUUCUCUUCCUUGGCUGGAAUUUUCAGAGGGAUCUUUCUGUUACAUUAACUAGAUAUGCAAAGAAUCAUAGAGUUGUAUAGUUGGAAGGGACCGCAAGUGUCAUCCAGUCGAACCCCUACAAGGUCCCGUUCUUGAUCAAAUUUCCCAGUGGUAAAGGCCUCCUUCCUCUGUUGCCCUUCUGCCUCCCUCUUCCCUGAGCAUUGAGCCUUCUGCCCAACAGCCCUUCUUCUCGCUCAGGCUGCUGCUGCUGCUGCUUUCUAUCAUGUCUCUCCUCCCAUUUCUUCCUCUGCCUCCUGGGUCCUCCUCUAAGCCUCUUUUGCAAGUCUUGCUGCCAACAGAACCCAGAAUGUUUGUGAACAUUCUGUGAUGUCAGAGCAUCUCAGGCAGUUAGCAGGUGACAGGCAAGUUUUCAGUACUGGCCAACUACAAAACUCUCUCUCAAACCUUGUUGUUGUUUAGUCAUUUAGUGGUGUCCGCCUCUUUGUUACCCCCUGGACCAGAGCACGCCAGGCACUCCUGUCUUCCACUGCCUCCCGCAGUUUGGUCAAACUCAUGCUGGUAGCUUCGAGAACACUGUCCAACCAUCUCGUCCUCUGUCGUCCCCUUCUCCUUGUGCCCUCCAUCUUUCCCAACAUCAGGGUCUUUUCCAGGGAGUCUUCUCUUCUCAUGAGGUGGCCAAAGUCUUGGAGCCUCAGCUUCAGGAUCUGUCCUUCCAGUGAGCACUUGUAGUGUUAUUGGAGUUCACCGACUGGGUCUGCAUUGCUCUGGGACAGGAGGAAGGAAGUCAAAAUGACACCGAGGUUGGUUCAGAGAAAGAGUUUAUUCUGCUCUCCAGAUAGCAGAAGGCACUUGCGCGGUGAGUCCACAGCAAGUACAAAGAAAUGACAGGUUUCAUGCAGUUUAUAUAUCCUCCAGGCACCCUCUCACUCCUCCCCUAAGAGCCCAACCACAUCGGCCUACGUCCACAGAUUGACAUCACAUAUGUUCCUGCUCUGGUACUCUCAACCAUAGAAGGCUCUUCCUUCCUGUACUUCUGACCAUAAAAGGAUCUUCCUCUUCCUACUCUUAUCUGGGAGGCAGAGGUCACCAUUUCCGAGAACACACUCUGGCGUUAUUCCCAGACGUGGGUCUGCGCGUCUUUGUGGUCAGCACAUAAGAUAAGGCACACACACAUCAUCCCUGCUGUACUGGAACUUGGCAAGGUCACUCAUUGCCGCCAGGGACUGAUAAGGGAGAGAGAGCUUUGUUCUUGUUAUGGAUUUACUCAACGGCUUGAGUUUAUACAUUUUAGCUAAGGAAAAAUAGGAAUUUUGGUGCAGUUUAAAACUGCCUGCACAGUCAGUUUUUGGGUUUUGGAAACCCAUUCCUUCACACUCAGGGCUGAUUUCCUUAAGAAUGGAUACAUUUGAUCUUCUUGCAGUCCAUGGGACUCUCAAGAGUCUCCUCCAGCACCAGAAUUCAAAAGCAUCCAUUCUUUGGCGAUCAGCCUUCUUGAUGGUCCAGCUCUCACUUCCAUACAUCACUACUGGGAAAACCAUGGCUUUAACUAUAUGGACCUUUGUCGGCAAGGUGAUGUCUCUGCUUUUUAAGAUGCUAUCUAGGUUUGCCAUCGCCUUUCUCCCAAGGAGCAGGCGUCUUUUAAUUUCGUGACUGCUGUCACCAUCUGCAGUGAUCAUGGAGCCCAAGAAAGUAAAAUCUCUCACUGCCUCCAUUUCUUCCCCUUCUAUUUGCCAGGAGGUGAUGGGACCAGUGGCCAUGAUCUUCGUUUUUUGAUGUUGAGCUUCAGACCAUAUUUUGCGCUCUCCUCUUUCACCCUCAUUAAAAGGUUCUUUAAUUCCUCCUCACUUUCUGCCAUCAAGGUUGUGUCAUCUGCAUAUCUGAGGUUGUUGAUAUUUCUUCCGGCGAUCUUAAUUCUGGCUUGGGAUUCAUCUAGCCCAGCCUUUCGCAUGAUGAAUUCUGCAUAUAAGUUAAAUAAGCAGGGGGACAAUAUACAGCCUUGUCGUACUCCUUUCCCAAUUUUGAACCAAUCAGUUGUUCCAUAUCCAGUUCUAACUGUAGCUUCUUGUCCCACAUAGAGAUUUCUCAGGAGACAGGUGAGGUGAUCAGGCACUCCCAUUUCUUUGAGAACUUGCCAUAGUUUGCUGUGGUCGACACAGUCAAAGGCUUUUGCAUAGUCAAUGAAGCAGUAGUAGAUGUCUUUCUGGAACUCUCUAGCUUUCUCCAUAAUCCAGCACAUGUUUGCAAUUUGGUCUCUGGUUCCUCUGCCUCUUCUGAAUCCAGCUUGCACUUCUAGGAGUUCUCGGUCCACAUACUGCUUAAGCCUGCCUUGUAGAAUUUUAAGCAUAACCUUGCUAGCGUGUGAAAUGAGUGCAAUUGUGCGGUAGUUGGAGCAUUCUCUGGCACUUCCCUUCUUUGGGAUUGGGAUGUAGACUGAUCUUCUCCAAUCCUCUGGCCACUGCUGAGUUUUCCAAAUUUGCUGGCUUAUAGAGUGUAGCACCUUAACAGCAUCCUCUUUUAAAAUUUUAAAUAGUUCAGCUGGAAUAUCAUCACUUCUACUGGCCUUGUUAUUAGCAGUGCUUUCUAAGGCCCAUUUGACUUCACUCUCCAGGAUGUCUGGCUCAAGGUCAGCAACCACACUACCUGGGGUAUACGAGACAUCUAUAUCUUUCUGGUAUAAUUCCUCUGUGUAUUCUUGCCACCUCUUCUUGAUGUCUUCUGCUUCUGUUAGGUCCUUUCCACUUUUGUCUUUUAUUAUGGAAAUCUUUGUACGAAAUGUUCCUUUCAUAUCUCCAAUUUUCUUGAACAGAUCUCUGUUUUUUCCCAUUCUAUUCUUUUCCUCUAUUUCUUUGCAUUGCUCGUUUAAGAAGGCCUUCUUUUCUCUCCUUGCUAUUUUUUGGAAAUCUGCAUUCAAUUUCCUGUAUCUUUCACUAUCUCCCUCGCAUUUUGCUUGCCUUCUCUCCUCCGCUAUUUGUAAGGCCUCGUUGGACAGCCACUUUGCUUUCUUGCAUUUCCUUUUCACUGGGAUGGUUUUAGUUGCUGCCUCCUGUAUAAUGUUAUGAGCCUCCAUCCAUAGUUCUUCAGGCACUCUGUCCACCAAAUCUAAAUCCUUAAAUCUGUUCCUCACUUCCACUGUGUAUUCAUAAGGGAUUUGACUUAGAUUGUAUUUUACCAGCCCAGUGGUUUUUCCUACUUUCUUCAGUUUAAGCUUGAAUUUUGCUAUAAGAAGCUGAUGAUCUGAGCCACAGUCAGCUCCAGGUCUUGUUUUUGCUGACUGUAUAGAGCUUCUCCAUCUUUGACUGCAGAGAAUAUAAUCAAUCUGAUUUCGAUGCUGCCCAUCUGGUGAUGUCCAUGUGUAGAGUCGUCUCUUGUGUUGUUGGAAAAGAGUGUUUGUGAUGACCAGCUUGUUCUCUUGGCAGAACUCUAUUACCUAGAGGACUAUAAAUAUAAGCAUGGGCUUUCUAGAUAUGUUCAGGUUUUGUUUUUUUAAAGAUAUCUGAUCUGACAUGGGGUGGAACCCCACCUUAAUACAAAACCACUCAAAAACUGGGCAUUCCAGGAACAGAUAGGAACAUACUACCAUAUGUGGUGGUCCUGUUUAGAGAUACAAAGGUUUUGGAAUAUGAUUUAUGAAGAGAUAAAGAGAUUGAUAAAAACUACAUUUAGCAAGAAACCAGAAUAAUUUUUACUGGGAAUGGUUUCAGAUAAUAUUCCCAAAAAUAAAACCAGGUUAUUUAUGUAUGUAACGUCAGCAGCAAGGGUUAUAGUGGCAAAAGACUGGAAAGAUAAAAAUACACCCACUAAACAUGAAUGGGUAGUCAAAUUGUGCGAGUACUUGGAGCUUGCAAAGCUGACGGAUGCAAUAAGAGAUAAACCUAAAAAGAUGGUGAAAGAAAAAUCGGAAUGUUUAAAUAAUUAUCUAGGAAUAAGGGUUCAUUAAGGAAGACCUGGUUAUGUUUAGAAUGAUACCGCAUAGGGAAAUGUUCCGUGAUACCCAGAUGAGGUAUUCUAUGGAAUGCAGAUAGAGAGAAUUGAUAAGAAUAAUGAUCUGUUCUGACCUUGACGGAAGCAUACGAUAGAUGAGCCUUCUUGUGUUUUGGCUCAUCUUCCUCUUUUCUUUUCUUUUCUUUUCUUUUUCCCCCUCCCCCCCUUUCCUUUUCCUUUUUUCUUUCUCAUAAUGGCUUAUGUUCUAUGCCAUGUACUUUGAUAUUUUUUGUAGAUUUUUAGCUUUUUCAUCAUCAUCAUCAUCAUCAUCAUCAUCAUUAUUAAGGAUUUUUCUUUUGUAAUUUUGGUUGUUUAUAUUUAUCUGUAUUUGUUUAAAGCAAAGUAAAAGUAUUAAAAAAAUUAAAAGAAAACAGAAAACUGGGCAUUCCAGACUGUCUUGUCCCUGAAUGUCAUAAGAGGAGCCUGUGGGAUCAGGCCAAUGGCUCACUCAGCCCAACAUCUUGUUCUCACAGUGGCCAACCAGAUUCCCCUCAGAAACUCGAAAGCAGGAUCCGAGCAGAAGAGCUCUCUCCCCUCCUGUGGUUUCCAGCAACUGGUAUCGAGAAGCAUUGCUGCCCUCCAACUGGGAAGGGACAGAGUAGCCAUUGACAGCCCUUCUCCUCCAUGCAUUCGUCUAAUCUCUUUUUUAAACCACCCUUGUCUCCUGUGGGAGGGAGUGCCAUAGUUUUAACUAGGCGCUAUGUGAAGGAGGAUUGUCUUGAACCAGGUUGGAUGGCCACCUGUCAUGGAUGCUUGAGCUGAGAUUCCUGCAUUGCAGGGGGUUGGACUAGAUGACCCCCCGGGUCCCUUCCAACUCUACAGUUCUGUGACUCCAGGAAUCUUCCAAUGAGGCUGAAUGUUGAAUGGUGUUCCUAAGGAGGUGGCCAAGUUGGUUGGCUGUGGAGGACCUUCCAAGGCAGAUUCCAUCUGCCUCAUGGGGGCCUCACAGAGUUUCAUGAGUUAGGAAAAGUCUAAUCUGUUUGGGGAAAUUCAGCAAGAGUGUCUGCGAUGCCAAAUAUCUUUCUAAGUGUGAAAGUUGGGUGUGAAUUUUUUUCUCUCUUCCCCACCCCACCUCUUCCUCAAAUACACACAUAUUGUACCCGGAGUCUGAGUCCAGUCGAUUUCUCUCCCAUCCACCAAUAAAUUGCAUGUACAGUCACACCUCUUGUUAUGUUUGCUUCAGGUUAAAUCUUUUCAGGUUGCAUCCCGCGGCAACCCGGAAGUACCGGAAAGGGAUACUUCUGGGUUUCGCUGCUCGCGCAUGUGCAGACACUCAAAAUGACGUCACGCGCAUGGGCAGAAGCGGCGAAUUGCGACCCACACAUGCGCAGAUGUGGAUUGCAUUCUGCUCAUGUUGCGAACGGGGCUCCGGGACAGAUCCCAUUCACAACCAGAGGUACCACUGUACAGAAACAGCCAUUGAAUCCCUCCAUUUUCUGUCUUAGUGCUUUUCAAAUGGGAGGUGAGUUUUGAACAUAAGCAGAGCCUGCUGGAUCCGGCCAAUGACUCAUCUAGUCCAGCCUCCUGUUCUCACAGGGGCCAACCAGACGCCUCUUCUGGGGAACCAGGAAUCAGGAUUCGAACACAAGAGCAGAACUCUCCUCGCUUGCGCUUUCCUGCAACUGGGAUUCCUCCAGCUGCGGAUUAAAGACGGGCAAAUCUGUCUCACCUUUCUCCGCAUUUCAGCAUCCUAGAAUUGCAGAGCUGGAAGGGACUCCUCGAGCCCCACUCUCUGCCCUGCAGGAAUUACAACUAAAUCAUCAGUUUGUGGCUUUUUUAUUAUGUUAAAGGCUCGUGAAAAUUUUAUUUUUCUCAUGAAAAUUCAUCGGCAUUUUAGUGUGAAUUUCUCAUUAUACAUGUUUCUAUGUGAUGUUGCCUAAUACAUACAUUUUUACAAAGCAAUUUCUCCCAAUAACACAUUUUUCUAUGCUGUUUUCACUUGUAUGGAUUCAUUGGCACGCCCCCUGCCCCCCGUACAUGCAUUUCUGAACACCUUGCUUAGAUGGAAAAACCAUGCAAAUUUUAAAUGGUGGUUCUGUGUUCCGGUUUUCGUAUUAUUUUGGAAAGAGAGGGAGGUUUGCCUUUAAAUGAGAACCAAACAAUUUUUUUUUUCUGUUCCUAGCUGGGGUCCCAUCAGAGGUCAGGGCUGCUGAUUCCCAGUAUCCUUUGCCCCACAAAAAUCCAGAAGUGAAAUGAUGGCUCAUCCUUCUUGUUUGCUUUACUUAUUUCUCCCCUCUGUUUUACUUUUAGAUGCUCUGA